CUCUCUCUCUAUAUAUAUAUAUAUAAGGACACUCGCUACUCACUACUCGCUACUCGCUUCUCGACCAAAAGCUAAGAUCAAAGAGCUGCUGUUCAUCUUUGAAAAGGAAAAAACACACUAUGGCGAUGCAGAAGGAGACGAAGAGGGCGUGUGUGACCGGAGGGAGCGGAUACAUUGCGUCGGAACUCAUCAAGCAACUGCUGUUGAAAGGCUACGGUGUCAAAACAACUGUUAGAGACCCUGAUAACGCGGCGAAAAUCUCUCAUCUUGAAGAACUGCGAGGGCUCGGAGCCCUCCAAGUUUACAGAGCAGAGUUGGCUGAAGAAGGCAGUUUUGACGAAGCAGUCGCCGGUUGUGAGUACGUCUUCCUCGUAGCCGCUCCGGUGAAUGCAUUCUCUGAGAACCCUGAGGAAGAGCUAAUCAAACCUGCAAGCAAAGGAACCUUGAAUGUGAUGAAAUCAUGCGUGAAAGCAAAAUCCGUAAAGCGCAUUGUUUUAACUUCAUCCGCUGCGGCGGUUUCGCUCACGCCACUUGAAGGAAUUGGCCAUGUCUUAGAUGAGGAAUCGUGGUCCGACAUCGAGUAUCUUCAGACGGAGAAGCCGCCGAGUUGGGGAUAUGCAGUCUCAAAGGUAGUUGCAGAGAAGGAAGCAUCAAAAUUUGCACAAGAGAAUAACAUCAGCCUUGUUACUGUUCUUCCUGUCCUCACCGUGGGCCCCUCACUAAUCGCGGAAGCCCGGGUUAGCCUUGCCCUCAGCUUAGCCUUAUUAUCCGGAAAUGAAGAACUGAUCAAUGGGUUGAAGAUCAUGGAAACACUCUCAGGUUCAAUUUCACUGGUACAUGUUGAGGAUGUCUGCAGGGCUCACAUCUUCGUCGCUGAAUCUCCAUCGGCAUUGGGCCGUUAUAUCUGCUGUUCAGUGAACACUGGUCUGGUCGAGCUCGCAAUCUCCCUCCAACAGCGAUACCCGCAAUACAAAGUGUCUACUGAUUUUGGGGGCCUUCCUGCGAAGGCCAGGUUGAGUCUCUCCUCGGAGAAACUGCUUAAAGGAGGGUUUGAGUUCAAGUUCAAGAAGCUAGAAGAGAUUUAUGAUGACGUUGUUGAAUAUGCGAAAGCGAAAGGCUUGUUGCCUUGAAUGAUUCAUAUCCUUCAUUAGCCUAUUACAGCUGAGCUGUGGAAGCUGAAUAAAUAGAGGGUUGUGUGCCUUUACCUUCGCCAUGACUUUGUUGUUGAGAUCCGUUUUACUUGAUUUUAUCCUUUUCGAUGUUAA